UGUGGUCCUGCUGUCCUGGAUCUGCGGCAGAGUUCGGUUCGAGAUGCGCGUGCGGUGCGUUGGUGGCUCUGGCGUGCGAUCCAGAUCAAUAUUGUAAUAUAUAUUAUAAAUGAUUGUGAUUUUACCGUAGACAAAGUUGCACAGUUGUCCCAUAGUAAUAAAGGGCUGCAAUUACGUGUGAAUAGAAAAAAAGGGUUUGGAAGGAAGCAAGAGGAAAAUGAGAUGGUCGCAACAGUUUCGGACCUUGGCGGUAUUCACAGCCCUUUGGGCCGCAGCCGUCCUUGCGGAAUUAGGUGACCCCUAUAAGAUUCUACGACUGAAGCGAUCCGCUACGCAGCAGGACAUCCGCAAGGCUUACCUCAAAUUGGCCAAAGAAUGGCAUCCAGACAAAUCUAGUGAUCCAUCAGCAGAGAGCAAGUUCGUGGAAAUCAAGCAAUCCUAUGAAUUGCUGAGUGAUGUUGAAAGGAGGUACAAUUAUGAUCAAAAGGGAAUCACUGAGGAGAAUGUUAAUGCUAGGGCAGAGUACCAUCAAUACCAUGCACCAAAUCCCUUUGAGGAGCUCUUUGCGCAGCAUGGAGGACGUUUUAAUUUCCAAGAUAGUGAUAUAACGUUUUUCCACAAGCUAUCGAUAACUAUUAGGCAAUACGACAAGACAAUAAUACCGAGGAGUCAAACGGUGCCGCAUCUGAUUUUCUUCUACACCGAUUGGUGCUUUCCUUGCCUUCAAGCCGCUCCGUACAUGAGGAAAUUGGUCGAAUAUCUGGGUCCUUUGGGCGUAAACUUGGUUACUGUGCAUUCGGCACGAGAGCCCAAUUUGGCUCGAAGAUUGAACGUGCACUCAUUACCUUGCCUGGUGCUUCUUUUGGACGGUAACGCAUUCGUGUACAAAGAAACGGGCACCAGUCUUCAAAAGAUCGUUGAAUUUAUAAGGAAGAAGUUGCCGUACAAUUUGGUGCAGAAGGUGCAGGAUGCAGAUGUGGAAGAGUUUUUGAACGGAUGGGAGGACAAUCGCGUUCGAGGUUUGAUCUUCGAACCGCGUGAGAAUAUACGUUUGAGGUAUCUGAUCACCGCUUACCACUUCAGAGAUCGUGUUGCUUUCGGGUUCGUUGAUUCGGAGGAGAUUCGCAGGAAGUACCAAGUGUCCAAUGAUAUGGAUACGGUGUUGCUGUUCAACGAGAACAUCAGCAGACCGAUUGCCACUGUGAGCAUGAAGGACAUCCCAACGAGCACUUUGGAUCAAAUCAUCUCGACGCAUCAGUACCUGGCGCUGCCUAGGCUCUCGUCGCAAGGUAUACUGGAAUCCCUGUGCCCUUGCGAGUGGAACACCAGGGGGAAACGCCUCUGCGUCGUCCUUGUUACCAGCAACAGCGAUAGCCAUGAUCCACAUCGUGAAGCUUUCCGCACUUACGCUCAAAACUCUCCAUACAAUUCGGAUAAAGUUCGUUUCGUCUACAUAUACCACGAUAAGCAGACCGAGUUCGUUAAUUCUUUAAUGCCAGUUCGGGUUUUAGAUGGCGAAAGUUUGGAGCCUAUCCUUCGGAUCGUCAUCAUUUGGCGAAGAGACACCACGCACAUCAAGUACGAGUGGGUCAGCGAUAAAUGGGAGACCCAGGAUAACAUUAACGAUACUACCCAGAAACUGGAGAACACUCUCAGCCGAUUGUUGAAGUCCUCGGAAGCGUUGACGUACGAGGCUUUCGUUAAGGAGCUGUUUGAUGAACACGCCAAAGGGAUUUUCGGAAGGAUCAUCACGAAAUUGGUGAUGAUGACGGGCAGUUUGUACGACAGUCUAGAUAAGGAGCAAUUGCUGCCAGCACUUUCCGUCCUAGGCACUAUGAUCUUCAUCGUGAUCUUGGGUUACAUCAUGGCGUAUUUGGUGCGUCUGGAAGCGGAGAACGUGGAAAAAGAGAAGGCGAAGAUGAACAGGGGCGAGAAUAAUAACGAUUCCUUAAACGGUGGCGGCGCCGGUUAUCAGCAGGAACUGAAACUGCACGAGCUUCGGUCCGAGAAAUACAACGGACUGAUCAGAAUGCUAAAACCUGGUUGUCGCACAAUCCUCUUGGUCAUGGACAUGCAGAGCAGGCAAACCUUGAUUCCACCAUUCCACAAAGCCGUUUGGCCCUAUCGCAAAAAUAAAACGCUAAUGUUUUCGUACAUGUUCGUGGAACGCGGUUUGAGUUGGUACAAAGAACUGCUUGAACUAUCAUUACCCGAGGGCAGAGACCUUAAUAUUAACCCUAGGAAUUGCGUUGGAACUGUUCUCGCACUCAACGGACAUAGGAAGUACUUUUGCAUGUUCCACGCCAAACACAACGAGAGGAACAAAAAGUUUAGGGCUUUGUACAAAGGAGUGAAGAAGGUGGACAGAGAUCCGGAAGUGGGACAAUUCCUUGGUUUCGAUAGUGAUACAACGGAUUCGGAAUCCGAUGAAGUUCUGUUGCAAGGCAAUCUCUUGGACGGAUUAUCCAACUGGCUAGACAGAUUAUUCGAAGGGACGACUCACCGUUAUCACAUCAAUUACUGGCCGGAUUUUCCCAACAAGUGAAUGAAAUUCAUUUAUGUUUUCCUUGCCUUCGUAUCAAACAACAUAUUUAAAAGCAGAUACAUGGGAUGCUAAAGUGAGCAAGUUUGAGUGUUUGUAAGUUUCAUUGAGAGUAAGUGACCUGUAUAGAAGCCAAAGAUGAAUGAACGAAGUCUCCCCCCCCUUAAAUAUUAGUUAUUAUUUAUUCAAUUUUCAUAUGACCUGUUCGUUGUUGGUCAUAUUAUUUAUUUAUUUGUUGGAUAGUUUUCUAAAGAGUUAACGACAAAGUGCACAGUCUCACAGCAGCAAAAGCAGAGUUAGAAGAUACAUUUAAGGAUUAUAAAAUGAACAAUCAAAUAAUUUACGUGAUACAGAUCAUUUGUGCCAUAAAUAGGUCGGGUUUAUGAACGUAUGUUUCGAUUAUACUUACGAACUAUGCUCUAGUUCUUUCUAGUAAUUCUUUCACAAUUAAACAUAAAUUAAACAGUU